CAUUUUUUUCCCACCCUGCUCUCACGAGCUCUCUUUAACAAGGGUGUCAACAUUUACUCAAUAAAUAUACAUCAAAUUAUUUAAAAAUGGCAACCGGAGCUGCCGGAGACGGACUAUUCCGGGGAGUAUUCGACGGAUGUAUCUCCGGCCACGAUACAGGGAUCCAAAGCAGGCCUUACCACCGUAACUGUGGCUGCGCACUUCAUAAAUCCCGUGGAAAUUGCUCUCAUUCUUCUCCUUAUAUGAACGUAUCGUAUCCGAUUCGACGGUCGUGGAGCGAAAGCUGUCUAGCGUUGGCCGCUGCUUCCUCCGGCCAUCCCUCGCCGUGUUCUUCUCCUGCAGCCGCCGCCAUGGACGGCGGUAAGAAGAAUUUGGUCCGUUCUACUACUGAAGAUCAUGACGAUGUCGUUUUAUUUAGGUUUGAUUAAAAUCAUUUCUCUUUUCUUUUUUUUUUUUUAGUAAUCUAUGAUUUAAUUCCACAAAGUAGAUCCGGUUAUGUUUGAUACUGUAUGUAAAACUUCUUGUAAACACUGAUACUAAAAUAAGAACUAUUUUAUUUAUUUAUUUUA